CACUCAAAAGUAACAAUAUAUGAGUCUUCGACGCUAAAAUAAAGGACCAAGAUUCUUUAUUUUUGAAGCACAACUUUAGUCUUUAAUUAUGUGAUCUAAAUUGAAUAUUUUCAUUUGCUUUGGCUGUGUUGCUCUCCACCUUUGUGCAUUCACUACUUCUCUCAUUUUCAAUUUCUUAAUUUACUCUUAAUAGCUGCAUAAUUCUAACUAACUUUUGGAUCAAGUUUAUUUUGAUCAAUAUAUAAAUUAACUAAACCAUAUACUAUCAUGGUAUUCUGUAUAUGUAUAAUGAUUUGAACACAUGCAGUUGGAAGAAGUGGAGAUGGCUGAUCAGAAUGCUGACGUGGCUGUCACCGGAAAGUGGAAGUUCCCGGUGUUUGUCUUCUUCCAAGAUGCUAGGAAUGUUUUCAAGAGGGAUGAGCUAGGAUUGGAGAUACUGCGCAUCGCCUUCCCGGCCGCCCUAGCACUGGCAGCCGAUCCCAUUGCAUCUCUGAUCGACACGGCCUUCAUCGGCCACUUAGGUCCCGUGGAAAUCGCAGCAGUUGGUGUGUCCAUUGCCAUCUUCAACCAAGCCUCUAAAGUGGCCAUAUUCCCACUAGUCAGCAUCACCACCUCGUUCGUUGCUCAGGAAGAUACCAUCAGCAGAAUCACCGAUGAGCAGCAAGGCCACCUCGACUUGGAGAAGGCACCCGAUGCCAAAUCCAAGCCUCAUGAGGCUAUAUCAGCAGAGCCUAAGUCCAAGCCUGAUGAUGCUGUAUUGGCUGAAGCUAAGUCCAAGCCAGAGAAUAGCGAGCGGCGCCACAUCCCUUCAGCAUCCACAGCUCUUAUUCUUGGUGUAGUGCUGGGCCUCAUCCAGACCUCAUUCCUUGUCUUCCUAGCAAAACCCCUAUUGGCCUUGAUGGGCGUCAAGAAGGGAUCUCCAAUGCUGGCCCCUGCAGAAAGGUACCUAACCAUAAGGUCACUUGGGGCUCCAGCGGUUCUCUUGUCUCUAGCCAUGCAAGGCAUCUUUCGAGGAUUUAAGGAUACGAAAACUCCUCUUUAUGCCAUUGUUGUAGGUGAUCUAACAAACAUAAUCUUGGACCCCAUCUUCAUAUUUGUGUGUCGUUGGGGCGUCUCCGGUGCUGCCAUUGCUCAUGUCCUUUCACAGUACUUGAUCACUCUGAUUCUGUUUUUCAAGCUAUCUACACAGAUUAUGUUAUUACCUCCAACCCUCAAAAAUCUGCAGUUGAAAAAAUUCCUCAAGAAUGGUUCCCUCUUGCUAACAAGAGUGAUAGCUGUGACUAUCUGUGUGACUUUGGCUGCCUCGUUAGCUGCACGAUUCGGCCCCACUCCCAUGGCUGCAUUCCAGAUAUGUCUGCAGGUCUGGCUCACUUCUUCACUCCUUGCUGACGGCUUGGCAGUUGCCGGACAGGCAAUCCUUGCUUGUGCAUUUGCUGAGAAAGACUAUCAGAAAGCAACAGCUGCUGCAACUCGAGUGCUGCAGAUGGGAUUCGUGCUUGGGCUCGGCCUUGCUGUCUUCGUUGGAAUGGGGCUGCAGUUCGGAUCAGGAAUAUUCUCCAAGGACAAAAGUGUUAUUCAUAUGAUCGCCAUAGGCAUCCCGUUUGUGGCAGCCACACAGCCUAUAAACUCGCUAGCAUUCGUUUUCGAUGGUGUCAAUUUUGGAGCGUCUGACUUUGCAUACUCUGCGUACUCCAUGGUGCUUGUCUCCAUAGUAAGCAUCGGAUCAUUGGUUCUUCUGUCAAAAACUAACGGUUUCAUCGGGAUCUGGUUUGCUUUGACCAUCUACAUGGGACUAAGAACAUUUGCCGGGUUUUGGAGGAUGGGAACAGGAACAGGACCUUGGCGCUUUCUCAAGGGGAGAUCGUAGUCAUAGAAAAUAUGAUCCUUCAAAUGUAAUAAUACUAAUAAAGUGUCUUUGUUCCUCCA